AUGCGGGGUAAUGAAACUUCAACGCCUACCAAAUACGCUCAACAUGCCUCUUUGGCUCAUUUUCCACCCCCGGGGACUUUUGAGGACGUUAUCGCUAAGCAAGCUUUGACCAAAGAUAUAACGAAAAUAUACACCGGAAUCGGUCUUCCCCCUUUCUAUGUGGUCGUCAACUUUAUUAAGCUCUCAACUGAAGAUGUCUGGGUUGGUGGUGAAAGGAAAACGGAGAAGCCAUUUAUUCGAAUCGUUGCCGAACACAUUGCUGUUCGGCUUGAGAAAGAGGACCUCGCUUAUAAGCGCACAGCUGACACAUUUGACAAGACGUUGAAGCCGCAUGUUGCCGACAAGGGUUAUGAAUGGGAAUUCCAUAUCGAUGAGACUGAGCGGAGACUCUGGCGGGUCAAUGGAUUAAUUCCUCCUCCGUUUGGGAGUGAUGUGGAACAGCUGUGGGCGAAGGAAAAUAAACCUAGCGUAUGGGACGGCGCCUACUGA